AUGAGGAUAGAAGAGGCCUACAGCAACACCUCCAAGGACUACUGCUACUCCGCACGCAUCCGCAGCACCGUGCUGCAGGGCCUGCCCUUCGGAGGCGUGCCCACUGUCCUUGCCCUCGAUUUUAUGUGCUUCCUAGUUCUUCUCUUUGUCUUCUCCAUCUUGCGAAAAGUGGCCUGGGAUUAUGGGAGGCUGGCGCUGGUGACGGAUGCUGACAGACAGAAGAAAAGAUUCAGCGGCUUGGAGGAACGGGAAUAUGUGGCCUCUGCCUUACAUUCUGAAACUCCAGAUCGUUACGAGCGUCUCACCUCAGUCUCCAGCUCGGUGGACUUCGAACAACGAGAUAACGGCUUUUGUUCUUGGCUAACAGCCAUAUUCAGAAUUAAGGAUGAGGAGAUUCGAGAAAAGUGUGGAGAGGAUGCAGUGCACUAUCUCUCCUUCCAGCGGCAUAUCAUCGGCCUGCUGGUGGUGGUUGGAGUUCUCUCGGUCGGCAUCGUCCUGCCUGUUAACUUCUCAGGAAACCUCCUGGACAACAACGCAUACAGUUUUGGGCGCACCACAAUUGCAAAUCUGAAUUCUGGGAAUAACCUGCUGUGGUUGCACACCUCUUUUGCGUUCAUGUACCUGCUCCUCACUGUCUACAGCAUGAGACGCCACACUUCCAAGAUGCACUACAAAGAAGACGACCUGGUCAAACGCACUUUAUUUAUAAAUGGCAUCUCUAAAUAUGCAGAAGAAAUUCAAAUAAAACAGCACUUUGAGCAGGCUUAUGAGAACUGUACUGUGUUGGAGGCGCGGAUUUGCUACAAUGUGGCCAAACUGAUGUCUCUGAAUGCGGAGAGGAAGAAGACCGAACGCAGUAAGAAGUUCUACUCGGAGCUCAUGGCAAAGGAACACAUGCCGACUAUGAUCAACCCCAAACCAUGUGGUCAUCUGUGCUGCUGUAUCAUUAAGGGCUGUGAGGAGGAGGAGGCAGUGAACUACUACACUAAGCUGGAGGCCAAACUGAAAGAGGAGUACAGGAAAGAGAAGGAGAAAGUCAACACUAAACCACUGGGCAUGGCUUUUGUAACUUUCCAAAAUGAGGCUAUGACUGCAAUUAUCUUGAAAGACUUUAAUGCCUGUCAGUGCCAGGGCUGUAAGUGUAGACAGGAGCCUAGAUCCUCUCAGUUCAGUGAGAGCCUUCAUGUCAACAGCUGGAGUGUCACCUAUGCCCCGGACCCUCAGAACGUGCGCUGGGAGAAUUUGUCUAUUGGUGGUAUCUCGUGGUGGCUACGCUGCUUCGUUAUCAACUGCAGUCUUUUCAUCCUGCUCUUCUUCCUCACCACCCCUGCUAUCAUCAUCUCCACCAUGGACAAGUUCAACGUGACCAAGCCUGUUGAGUACCUCAAUAAUCCCAUCAUUACCCAGUUCUUUCCCACUCUGCUGCUGUGGGCUUUUUCCGCUCUGCUACCCACAAUUGUCUACUACUCAGCCUUCUUUGAAGCCCACUGGACUAGGUCAGGGGAGAACAGGACUACCAUGCACAAGUGCUACACAUUUCUUAUCUUCAUGGUGCUCCUACUUCCAUCAUUAGGACUCAGCAGUUUGGACCUGUUUUUCCGCUGGCUCUUUGACAAGAGAUGCUUGGCUGAUGUAACUGUCAGAUUUGAGUGUGUCUUCCUCCCUGACAAUGGAGCGUUCUUUGUGAAUUAUGUAAUUGCGUCGGCUUUCAUCGGCAAUGCCAUGGAUCUUUUGCGAAUUCCUGGUCUGCUCAUGUACAUGAUCCGAUUGUGCCUGGCCCGCUCUGCCGCAGAGAGGCGCAACGUCAAACGACAUCAGGCUUACGAGUUUCAGUUCGGGGCUGCCUAUGCCUGGAUGAUGUGCGUCUUUACUGUCGUCAUGACGUACAGCAUCACCUGCCCAAUCAUCGUCCCCUUUGGUCUGAUGUACAUGCUCCUGAAGCACCUGGUGGAUAGGUAUAACAUGUAUUAUGCCUAUCUACCUUCCAAACUGGACAAGAAGAUUCACUCCGGAGCUGUCAAUCAAGUGGUCGCCGCGCCCAUCCUCUGCCUCUUCUGGCUUCUCUUCUUUUCUACGGUGCGAAUAGGGUUUCUGACUGCAACUUCCAUGUUCACAUUCGUGGUACUCAUCAUUACCAUCGUGGUGUGCCUCUCCCACAUCUGCUUCGGGCACUUCAAAUACCUCAGCGCCCACAACUACAAGAUUGACACUAAAGAAACCGAUUUAGACGGGGUUGAAAAUGGACGACCAGCGCGGUUUUCUCCCUCGAAUAAAUCUCAGCAGCAGAUGUACAUUGCCCAGGUUCUGCAGGACCCAAACUCAGAUGAAACUGGUGCAGGCAGUGGUGAGGAGGAUGGUCAGGGGUCCUCGCAGGACGAGGAAAUGAUCAACUCUGGGAACAGUCUCAACGAGGCAGACUUUCAGUCUGGGGAGGACAGUCUCAUUGCCAAUGAAGUCCGCCAGUAAUGUCGCCGCUGAAAGACGAGAAG